AUCAAUGGUAUUCGAAUUUUGGCUCUGAAAGACAAAGAACCGGUACGCGGAUGCAUCGUCUCCGCGCUUUUUUAACAACAGAAAAAACACGGUCUCGCGCGUGUGAAGUUCAAAACCGUUGCAACAGUUGUCAGUGGCUGCAAAAUGGGCAGAGGGUGUGUUCAAGGUGCGUGCCUUCAUUAAGAUUCGGACUUGGGACUCGCAGUUUUCGUUUUCAGAGCUCGACAGGUGCGAGCAGGACAAAGCCGAGAGUGUUUAACAUGUAGGAUAGAGUAUAGUUGAGUUUGCAACGUUUUUUUUCGGUGCUUCGCCAGUUUUUAAUAUUAUUCUUGGAGACAGGAGAAUAUUUAUACAUUGUGUAUAUUUUUUAACUGCUGGUUUUAUAAUACAUUCGACAUGGAAGAACAUUCAUUCCACGAGAAAGAAGGCCAUAAUGACAACUCUAUUCAGCAUCGACUAUCUGAAUCAAGACCAAAAUUUAAGCCUGUGCUGGUAAAGAAGUUGUUAGCCGAUGAGAGUGACGAUGACACUGAUGAUCCACCUUCAAAUUCAGAUCAUUCAGAUGAGGAGUUUGAUGAUUUUGAAGGUGGUUUUCAGCCGCUUUCUGAGGAAACUGCCGACGAUUCCAAAAGCAAACCCAGUUUAGUUGCUAAAACUGAUGUUCAACUAGAUGUUGUAAUCAAGGAAGAAGCUGUGGCUGCUACUACUAGUGUCACAAGUACUGUUGAAAAGGUUGAAUUGCCAAGAAGUGAUGGCCAUGUUAGAAGCAAGGAAGCUGCUGAGUCAAAGUCAGUUUUGAAUGCUUAUUUGAAAGAUUCUUUGAGAAUUACAGAGUAUGUAGUGAAAAAGAGUGAAGAAGAAAAAUUAUUGUUAGACAAAGCUCCUGCUGGGGCAAAUUGUAAAAGCGAUCUAGAAAGUGUCACGCUGCAAUCUCAAUGGCAACCAAAAGCAGCUACAAUUCUAGAUAAGAGAAAAUCUUCCUCUAUGAAAGAUCCAAAUGAUUUGAAUGCCAAGCCUAAAUAUUCUCCUGAUAUAAAACGUCAUUCUAAUAGCUCUGUUGUAAAUCAAGAGAGUCUUGAGCAUAAUAGAUUUUCCUCUUCAAGUCUAAAUAAACAGCAUAGUAAUGAAAUAAGUGAAGAAAGAUCUUCAAUGGCCUCAAAGGCAGAUCAAAUAGGUAGUACGAAGUGCUCUGGUUCUCAGUCAACAGCGAAUGCAUCAAUGGCAGCAAUGGAUACUCCAAUGAAGCAACCACAAGGAUCUGCCAGACCAAAUCCUUGUCACUCGCAUAGAAAUAUUUUCCAAACUCCCCAGAGCAAGAUAGGGAGUGAAUUUGCUAAGAAUUCUAUACAAACACCUGCUACAAUAUUUUCACAUUGGUCCCAACAACACAUGGCUCAGACUCCAAUGCAAAGUCAAAUUUCUUCAUCAAGAGAGUCAAGAGAAUCAAGGGAACCUAUGCAAACUCCAGCAACAAGCAUUGCUCAGUCACAAAGUUCUAGACAUGAAAAUCCAAGGUAUUUUACUGGUGAAAGUAAAAGUGUUCGCAGACCGCUAGCAGAGACCAUGUAUUCAGCCCCAACACAUGGGCCACAACUUCCAAGGUUACAGGAAGCACCAAAUGAAACUAAUCAUAGCCCUCCAAUUUCAAGAGAAAGUGGAAGUAUAGUUAAACCUGAUAAUUUUCAAGAAAAGAAACCUGUAUAUAGUUCUACUCACGUCACUCAUGAAACCAAGGAAAAUCGAAAUCCUAAUCCUCAUGAAAUUGUUAAAAACGAAGGUCAUGCAAAAUUGGCAGCAUCUGAAUCAAGACAUUCUAUUCAGUCCCAUAUUGAAAGCAAGCCAAAGAUGGAAUAUCACAGUAAUGCUUAUAGCAAUAUGCAACCCCCAAGAACAUCAGAUAAUUAUCAAGUCAAAGAAAGUCAGAAUGCACACCCCCCAAUCCCAAGUCAAGCAGAGCAAAUGCAAACGAUUCAGUGCUCAAUUCCUCAACAGCUUAAUUCAUGGAACUCGAGACAAAAUAAAAUCAUUACUGUCAAAGAUCGCCAGUAUUUAGUUUUAGGUGUUCUUGGCCAGGGGAUGAGCUGUGAAGUUGUGAGGGCACAAGACUUAUCCAGUUCAGAACUGAGAGCUAUUAAGUGUGUUAAUCUGAGUAAGAUGGAUAAGGAUUCAGCUCAAGGGUGUUUGCAGGAAAUUUGUAUGCUUGACAGAUUGAAAGCUCCUUGCAUCGUUCACAUGUAUAAUUUUGAGAUAAAACAACCGUGGGUUCAUGUUGUUAUGGAAAUAGGUGACACAGACUUGAGUCGUUUACUGAAGUCUAUGUUGCAAGAAAAGAAACAAAUACCUCUGACAAUGAUUCUUUACUAUUGGACAGAAAUGUUGACUGCAGUAAAGCACAUCCACGAAAAUGGAGUCAUUCAUUCCGAUCUAAAACCUGCGAAUUUCUUAUUAGUACGAGGUAGAUUAAAACUCAUAGACUUCGGUAUCGCAUCAAAUAUCAAUUCGGAUAUGACAUCUGUUGUUAAAAACUGUCCGAUCGGCACUUUAAACUAUAUCAGUCCCGAAGCACUGAUGGAUGUUAAUGCAGGAAGCACCGAUUCUCCGAAUCAUAGUAAUAAAUUCAAGAUAAGUUACAAAUCCGAUGUUUGGUCAUUGGGUUGUAUUUUAUAUGGACUAGUCUACGGCGUAACCCCGUUCAAUCACAUCCGUCAACAGUGGGCUAAAAUCAGUGCUAUAACUGAUCCCAAGCAUAAGAUAAAUUUCCCUCUGAAGACGGGAUCCGAACCAGUACCAUUAAUUUUGGUCGACGCAAUGCGCAAGUGUCUGCAACGCGACGCUAAAGCAAGACCUACGGUAGCUGAACUCCUAGAAAUUCCAUACUUACAGAGCAACAUAAGUGCUCCAAUAGUACCAAGUAUACCACCGAAUAUCCUGAUUAAGAUCAAGCAUGCUCUUUCUGACGAAGAGUGGAAACAACUUACUGAGAUACUUGAUACUAGAGGGAAACCGUGAUUUAUGUUACUAAAAUUAUGAAAAAUGUACAAAUCGUAUACUACUUGUUAGAUUUUAGAGCAUUGAAAGUUAUAUUUAUAAAUAAGAGAAUUCCACAAAACGCCUA